UCCUCUAAUAUCAAAAAAAGUCUCUUCUUCUCUUCUCAGAACGCUGCGUUUUGCUAAAAUGCGCACUCUCUGAUUCUUCUAUACUUUCUAUUCGGCAAAAAAAAAAAAAACCAGACUUUGACGAAGGAGAGCUGCAGUAGAACAACUAUGGCGAAUUGGAUCUCUUCCAAACUCAAAGCUGCAGAAAGCAUUCUUCAGCAGAUUGAUCAGAAAACUGCGGAUUCGCUCAAGAAAAAUGAGAAAUCCCAAAUUGACGAACUGAAUUUCGAUAGUGAAAUCAAAACCGGAGCUAGUUUGCCUCUAAAGGACCAAUUCAAGAAGAAAACUCAGGUAAACAGUGAUUUUCAUGGAACAUUACGUAGUGAUCCGACUAGUCUUAAGAGUCUUAGUGUUAGUAAUAGCAAGAAUGAGAGUUCGAGUUCACCUAAAGAGGUUUUGGAUAAUACUACGAAACCUAAAACAACUCUUAGCGAUAGUGAUUGGACUCAACUCCUUAGUACUCCAAAUCCGCCUACAACAACAUCUGGUUCCUCUAGUCGUGGUAAUGGACAUUCUGCUAUUCGAGGUUUGAGGAAAGAUGGGAGGCGGUAUGGUGGUGCUGCUCCGGUUUCAGCUGGAUCAGAGGUUAGGAGGAAUCAGAAGAAUAGUAAGAGUGUUUCGAAGCCGGUUAGGAGAACAAGUAGUGUGGAAGAACACAAGUUGAAUGGGAAAGCCAGUGAUGGAGAUGAUCCCGGGUUUUCAGAUUCGACAAUGAGAUCUUCCAAUGCUAAGGUGGAGAGUGAUGAUGGUGGUAGUAAGAUUUCUGAAAAGCGAGAAGUUGAUAAGGGAAAUGAAGAAAGUAAUAGAAUUUCGAGUUUGAAGACAUCUUUGCUAUCAGUAAAUGAAAACCGUAUUGCUCAAUCUGAAAUGGUGUCAACUGUGGAGAAAGUUGAUAUGGAAAUGGGGAGUUCUGUAACGAGGAAACAUGAUUCUAGUAAUGUAGCUUCGAGAAGCUCUACAUCUGAUGAUCUAAAGAAAAGUACUUCUUCAAUGAGUUAUGAGAGCUCUGAUUCUAGAUCGGAUUCUGGUUCGAGUUCUGAUUCUGAAGAUGAACGGGAGAGAGAGGAAAGGAGAAGGAGAAGAGAAAAGAUUCUAGCUGAAAAGGCUGCAGCUAAAGCUGGGGAGGCUAUCAAGGAACGGGAAAAUAUGGUUGCCAGAUUGGAAGGAGAGAAGCAAAGCUUAGAGAAGAUACUUGAAGAACAAACCAAACAGCAAGCACAGGAGGCUUCGAAGCUGCAAUUAACUAUGAUGGAGACAAUGGAAGCUGUUGAGUUAGAGAAGCAAAAACAUAAUAAUACAAGAAUGGAAGUCUUAGCUCGAUUGGCUAAACUUGAGACUGCGAAUGCAGACCUCGCCAGAUCUCUUGCCAAUGUGCAGUGGAAUCUUGAAGUAGAGGCUAAUGAAGUGGCUGAAAUUCGACAGCAAAUUGAGUUGAAGGAAGUGAACAAUGAAGAACUCCAAAGAAAGAUUUCUAGAAGUCAUUGGACCGGGACAUCUUUGAAGAAACUUGCAGCCUCAAAAGGAGUUGAACUUGAGAUACUGGAGGCAGAGUACUCUUUUGUGAUUGAUAAAAUUGGAAAGUUACAAAAUAAGGCAAAGCAGCUGGAGCUAAAUAUUGACAUGACUAGGAGAGAAUUGGAGGAACCGACAGAAGUCGAGGUUGAGCUAAAACGCAGGCUUAACCAGAUGACCGACCAUUUAAUUCAAAAACAAGCACAGGUUGAGGCUCUUUCAUCAGAAAAGGCUACUAUUCUAUUCAGAAUUGAGGCAGUUUCAAAGAUGCUCGAAGAAAACAAAUCAAUGGCAGAUUUCUCCAGUUCAUCAUCAUCGAGGGACUUAGAAUCGGGACAAUGGGAGCUCUCGGAUUCAAAGUUGAAGCCUCUAAUCGAAGACAAAAUCCGUUCAAGCAAGAAGCAUUUGUAUUCAUUGGUACAACAGUUCGAUGCUAUAUUCUUGGCGGGAGCGGUGUUCUUGAAGAGGAAUCCAACCGCGAAAAUGUGGUCGUUGGUUUACCUUGUGUGUCUACACUUGUGGGUCAUCUACGUUCUCAUGUUGCAUUCUCAACCGUCGGAUGAGUCGGUAUCUGCUGUUGUUUUUUCGUUGGAAAAUAUCAACAAAACUUCGGCUUUAUAAUUUGUUGAGUUUAAUUUCGUUGAGAGUUAGUUAGUAUUCAUUGUACAAUACAUCUACUUAUUUGUGUAUCAAUCAAAAGUAUAUAUAUUAAUAAGAUUGGAUUGAAUAUA